UCUCAGAUUUCUCAGUAUAGGAACAAUCUAUUUUUUUCUCAGGCAAGGAAAAAUCGCUUGAAUUAUAUAAAUAUAUAUUCAAACCUAUCGAUCUCUAAAGGGCUGAUAAUCCGAUAAGGAAAACGGUUUUCCCAAUACACGGAUUUAAGCAAAAACAUGGGACAUGGUGAAAGAGGUCGGCCCAACAAAAAGUUCAAAUUUGCCAAGGAUGAUCACAGGGGCUCAGCUAUGGAAGAUGAUUAUUCUUUUUAUCCUGAUGAAGCCGAUGAUGAACCUCGUGAUGGUGAGAAUGAAGGAAAGAAAAGAGAUUUUACCAAAUUAGAACUAAAACUCGAUCAUGGUAAUCGCCCAUUAUGGGCCUGUGCUGAUGGGCGUAUAUUUUUGGAGACAUUCUCCCCUUUAUACAAGCAAGCUUAUGAUUUUCUCAUUGCUAUAGCUGAACCCGUUUGCAGGCCGGAGUCAAUGCACGAGUAUAAUCUCACACCACAUUCCUUGUAUGCUGCGGUAUCUGUGGGGUUGGAGACAGAAACAAUUAUAUCGGUCUUGAAUAAAUUAUCCAAGACUAAGCUUCCUAAAGAAAUGAUUGAUUUCAUUCAUGCUUCUACCGCUAAUUAUGGCAAAGUUAAGCUUGUGCUUAAGAAGAACCGUUAUUUUAUCGAAUCCCCAUUUCCGGAGGUUCUGAAGAAACUGCUUCAAGAUGAGGUUAUAGGUCGAGCAAGGCUUGUUUCUGAGAAUGCGCAGGGAAGUGAUGGAUUUACAAUCAGCAAAACUGCGGGUGAAAUUGAGUCAGGCCAUAGUGGUUUGCUUAUGGAAUCAGAACUGGCAGCUGCUGCUGAAGAGAAAGAAACACAUGCAUUUGAAAUUGACCCUGCUCAGGUUGAAAAUGUAAAGCAAAGAUGCUUGCCAAAUGCUUUAAAUUAUCCAAUGUUGGAGGAGUAUGACUUCAGAAACGACAGUGUCAAUCCUGACCUUGACAUGGAACUGAAGCCUCAUGCACAGCCACGACCAUAUCAGGAAAAGAGUCUUAGUAAAAUGUUUGGAAAUGGUAGAGCCAGAUCCGGCAUUAUUGUGCUACCUUGUGGUGCUGGAAAGUCUCUAGUCGGUGUUUCUGCAGCAAGCCGAAUAAAGAAAAGUUGCCUUUGUUUGGCUACAAAUGCGGUUUCAGUGGAUCAGUGGGCUUUUCAAUUUAAACUCUGGUCAACCAUACGGGAUGAAAAUAUUUGCCGUUUUACAUCUGACAGCAAAGAGAGGUUCCGUGGCAAUGCUGGUGUGGUUGUAACAACAUAUAAUAUGGUUGCUUUCGGUGGUAAGCGGUCUGAAGAAUCUGAAAAGAUUAUUGAAGAGAUAAGGAACAGAGAAUGGGGACUGCUUCUUAUGGAUGAGGUGCACGUUGUCCCUGCUCACAUGUUUAGGAAAGUCAUUAGUAUCACCAAAUCCCAUUGCAAACUGGGGCUUACUGCCACACUUGUGAGAGAGGAUGAAAGAAUUACAGAUUUGAACUUCCUUAUUGGUCCCAAAUUGUAUGAAGCAAAUUGGCUGGAUCUAGUAAAAGGAGGGUUCAUAGCAAAUGUUCAGUGCGCUGAAGUCUGGUGCCCGAUGACAAAGGAGUUUUUUGCUGAAUAUUUGAAGAAAGAAAAUUCCAAGAAGAAACAGGCACUUUAUGUGAUGAAUCCUAAUAAGUUCAGGGCAUGUGAGUUUCUCAUACGGUUCCAUGAACGAGAGCGUGGUGAUAAGAUAAUUGUCUUUGCUGACAAUCUUUUUGCACUGGUUGAGUAUGCAAUGAAGCUACGCAAGCCUAUGAUCUAUGGUGCUACCAGCCAUCUUGAGAGGACAAAAAUUCUCCAGGCAUUCAAGACUAGUCGUGAUGUGAACACUAUUUUCCUCUCAAAGGUUGGUGAUAACUCAAUAGAUAUUCCUGAGGCAAAUGUGAUCAUUCAGAUUUCAUCACAUGCUGGUUCAAGACGUCAAGAAGCCCAGCGUUUGGGACGUAUUCUUAGGGCAAAGGGUAAACUUGAAGAUAGGAUGGCAGGUGGUAAAGAAGAGUACAAUGCAUUUUUCUAUUCCCUUGUUUCAACAGAUACACAGGAAAUGUACUACUCAACUAAAAGGCAGCAGUUUCUAAUUGAUCAAGGUUAUAGCUUUAAGGUGAUAACAAGCUUGCCUCCUCCUGAUGCUGGUGCCGACUUGAGUUACUACCAUCUCGAUGAGCAGUUGGCUCUUUUAGGAAAGGUCUUGACUGCUGGUGAUGAUGCGGUUGGUUUGGAGCAGUUAGAAGAAGAUGCAGAUGAUAUAGCCCUUCACAAAGCUCGUCGCUCUAUGGGAUCCAUGAGUGCAAUGUCGGGUGCAAAUGGAAUGGUCUACAUGGAAUACAGCACUGGAAAGCAUAAACUUAUGGGGCAUGGCCAGAAUAAGAGUAAACCUAAGGAUCCAUCCAAGCGGCAUCAUUUGUUUAAGAAACGCUUUGGUUGAGAUGAAAGCCAAACCAUGCAGAAUGAUGGUUGGUUUAUGACAAUCUACGAGGUUACUUCCCGCAUUGUUUUGUUUAAGAGAUGCUAUGGUCGAGAUGAAAAGCAUAAACCCGAAUUACGUUUGGUUUAUAUAUAUCAUCUAAGAGGUUCCAAGAAGAAGAAGAAGAAGAGUUUUAUUUCUUCAGAACUUGAAUUACUUCAAUGCCAAAUAAACAAAUUGCUUAUAGAAUUGGUACUCUGUAAGGUAUCUGUUUGUCUUGAGGUAACCUCUCUGUAUGAACAUGGCUGGCAAUGGCAUAUGAGCAUGUUAUUUCCUAAAA